UAGGCACAUGGUUAUCAAGCUAGCAAUAGUUGUUGUUGCCAACUAACAGUUGCUAGCUGCAGAAGCUAUCCUUUGAUCGUGGUAGUUAUUGCAACCUGUCAGGUAGCAUUCAUUGAUCCCGGCUAUAGCAAUCAGAAUGAAGCUGUUAUUUUCUUGAUAGCUUUUGCACACUGCAAUGCUGUCGGUCCCUCAUUCUCAGCCAACUUGUCUGGCAGGUGCGUCCCACAGAAGGCAAGGAUGAGUCGUUUUCUAAAUGUUCUGCGGAUUUGGUUGGUAGGUAAUGGUGUCUCUGUCAUUGCCAUGGGAAACACCGUCCAGAGUUUCAGCGAUCACAGCUUCCUCUCUGAGAAACUCUACACAGGGACACCAGAGUUUGUAAAUAGCCUCCAAGCAAGAACAUUUGGUAUCUGGACAUUGUUGUCGUCAAUUAUCCGCUACAUUCAGAACAAAACCCUCUAUCACAUCACCCUGUGACACUUCCUGUCUGAAGCCUUCAUCUACAAAACGGCACCUCUGACCAUUGGCAUUAUGGCACCUCUCAUUGUGGCGAGUUUCUCUAUCGUGGAAAUGCUGAUUGGGUUCCAGUGUGUUCCAGAGCCUCAGGAGGAGGUGGCUGUACGUCAUAAGAAGCAGAACUGAUUCCAAGCUGCAGAAAACUUUUGUUAUACAUUGUGCCAUUUUGCCCAGCAAUAGAGAGAGC